UUCAUUGAUAUUUUAAAUGAAUGACAUUUAGGUCAUUUGAUCAGACAAUGGAAUGGAUCCUAAAAGGACUCUUCAAGUGUGAUAAUGGCAGAAGCCUAUUUUAUUGUUAAAUUGCUAGAAUUUGCUUUCUGACUACCUGUUUCCAUGGCUUCCAUUGGAACAAUUACCAUUCCUGUCAAAAUGAGAACUGCUACUGCCAGAGUUUCAAUCAGUUCCACCAGCUGCAGCGUGACCUGUGGGAUGGGUUACAAGGUUGAAGAAACAUGUCAGAUUGGGCCUAACGGUGAAAGGAGGUACUGCGAUAUUCGGAAAGUGGAGUGCUUGACCAACUGGCUUUGUGGGAUGCUCCAUUUCACUAUUCUUGUAGGUAAGCCUUUUGAAUUCCAGUGCUUGUCUCCUACAGAAAUUGGGCCAGAAAUCAAGAGCUUCAGUUAUUCAUGGAGGAUAGCCAGAGGUAUUAUUACCACUGAUGAUGUUCUCUUUAAACCAUUCAAGACUACUGGCUUUGUCAUUAAGUUUUCCCCAGCCAAGGAAUACGAUGCAGGGACAUACAGGUGUGAUGUGCAGUUCAUGAGAUCCUAUAAGAUUGUCAAAAGAAUCUACUUUGGAAUUCGUGUGAUCCCUGGUCACUUGGUGGAUCUGAACUUUGACAAAUCCUUGACUCUGGAACAGCACUUGGAAAGUGAGAAGGAAAAAAACCAGCAGAAUGCCACCAGUGUUCCUGUGCAGAAGCAGCAGCACUUUGGGCGCCAAAGAACUCUGUUUGUAUUUUUAAUAGGCAUUGGAAGUGGUAUGGUAGGAGGCAUCUUGUUGCACAAUAUUUUCUACUAUUUAGUGAAAGUUCCCAAUAGUGGAUAUGUGGAGGAAUAAAAACAUUUGUUUUUAAAGUCUUGCUCUAUGCU